AUGAUUAUACUUGAAGAAAAGUCCAUGUCCCAACCAGUUUCGAAAAAUACCAAAGAAGAGAACGCCAUGGCAAGUCUUUUGGAUCUACCCAUUGAGGUCGCGAAAAUGAUACUGGAACAACUGGCUUCAAACCCAAAGACUUCGGUAAUGGACUACUACAACUGGCUUAAAGUCAUUGGUGGAUCAAGUGCGCUUAUUAGUGGACUUCUUCGUGAAAAAGUUCAUGUAGUCAAUUUGGGUAAAUCAACAUCUGAUUUUGUUCAGAUGAUAAGUGGCUCCAAAGUAUUUGGCGACCCAAAAGACGUUAUCCCAAGACAUGUCAAUCACGUUGUCAUAGCCGCUGAUGAAGAAUUUCUCGAUGGACAAACAACUCCAGAUAUGCCACAGCCGUACGGCACUAUGAAAGUCUAUCUGGCCUACCAUUAUACCGGUAACCGAAUCAAUCUCAAAGAAGUACACUCGAAAUAUGUCGACAAGUUUCCGUUCGGAUGUCUGCGACCAAACCAUAUAAUAGCCAUCGCCAAAGAUUCAUUGGAACUAUACAUUGAAAAAGACGAUGGUAACAUGUUUGACCCUGAUUUCUAUCCAGGGGCACUGCCAGUUUUCAUGAAUAUCACCUUUUUUAAUGCCAGACACUUUUUCAUUCACCACAGAUGCCUCUCGGAUUUCGCACAAAUGAGACAAGGAAAUUUUAGAUGGAGUAGACUUGACAAGCAUGGCGUUGUUUUCGAAAGGCUGGGAAAAAUCUACCGCGAGAAUGACGAAUUAUAUCCAGUCGAGAAGAAAACGAAGACAGAACAAUACACUUCCAAUGGUUACCAGCGUGAAAGGCAGGUCGAGGUGAUUGAUCGAGGGGGAUACGAGGAAGUGAGCAGUGAGCUUGCACUUCUCAUGGGAAAAUCAUACAUGAAUGCUUAUUUCUGCAUAUCCAUGAGCUGUCCCCAACUCGAAGCUGUUUCUUUUUUUAAAGAAAAAGCUGACGAAACUGACCCUCAUCUCAACACAAUUGACCUCUACAGAUUUUUGAAAAGCUCCUCGGAUGUAACUUUACAAAAAUUUCUCAAUCUUCACUCGCUUCGAAACUGGCAUCUGCCGUCAAUCAGAGCCUUCAGUGGUCACAAUCUUCUUUGGUAUAGGGAGAACGAAAGCAGAGCCACGAAAUAUGCUGAUGCUAAAAGUCUAAUCCCCAUGAUCAGAGAUCGAGUGCGAAGAGAAAGCCCCGAUGGUCUCCCCCACGUAAAUGCCCAGAUACUUCCCGAAGGAGUUAUAAACACAAAGGUGACAAAUUGGGUGCCUUUAGAUGUGGAUUUUGUCAGCAACAUGAAGAAGAACACUUCGCCAUUGAUAUGUUUGCGACAGCCUUGUUUGAAGUCUUUGGAACUCGGAUUACUGGUUUCAAAGCCCGAGGGGAGCCUCACGGUGGAGGGACUCUAUCUACCACAGCUCGGUAAGCUCGGGUUAUCUUUUGAUACAGACUUAGUUCACAAAUCGGUUCGAAACCCAAUGUUCAACAUCACAUUUUCGGAAUGGAAUGAUUUGAGAGGGUGUAGAAUUUUCAAUUGUGAAUUGGAUCAAGCCUACGAAGGUCACAUAAACUUGCUCGUAUCUAACUUGAGGAGCGCACUUCCAAGUCUGGAUUCCAAAAAGGGAUUCAAGGGCUUGCAGAAGCAGGAAUCAAUAUCUUUUGCAAACAAGGAUUUUGUGCUUGAUGGAUUAGAAAAAAUUGAAAUGUCAAUUAACGAUUAA